AGAGACAGAGAGACACGCAGGCAUCCAAGAGAGUGAGAGCACCUCAAACAUUUGUUGAUUAAAAUGUGUGUCAAUAUAAAAAAAUAACAAAUCGUAAAAUCGGAGAAUCGGACUGAUAAAAAUGCCAGAGAAACGGCACGUAUGAUUAGAGAGUCGAGACCGCCCUACCCCACACUCACACCCGGAGACAAACACACGUGCAUUUAGCUAAUUUUGGAUAUCUUUAGGCGAGGGAAAACCCAAAUAAAAUACCAGAAUAGAAACUGCACAGUAGAGACAAUGCCAAUGGCAAUAUAAACAAAGAACAAGAGACGCGAAUUGCAGGCGAAAUUCUUUGUUAAAUUUCACACUUGUCACAACGCAAAGCGCGCAAAUCGGAACGAUAGGGAACAACAAAAGCAUAGACCCGCAAAAUGCACGGCGUGAAGCGGGUUCUGAUCUUCUGCCUGCUGAUUGUGAUACUGCCGGCCACGCUGAUAAUUAUGCCUCUGCACCUGCGCAAAACGGUCUUUGCCGAUGUCGUCUACCCCAUGGCCGAGUCGGAUAUCAUUGAGAUCCGUGCUGGCAUCUCAUCGAUCUUCUGCUCGAAGCACACCCUCAAGAUGACGUCCAGCUUUAAUGCUUUUCAGCUGCGCAACAAGCCGGAGAUUUCCACAAAUCGCAAACACAUUCGCCUGAAGAAAUCGAUGACCCUGCCCGACGACACCCUCGAAUAUUGGGGCUUCUUUCUGCUCAAGGGCGCCAAUGUGAGGGUCAAGUUCUGCUCGCGCUAUGAUGGAUCGCGCAUAUUGAUUGUGAAGGGCCAGAGGCAACUUAAUCUCUGCGGCCUGACGGAUCACAACAAGAACAAGCUGGGUGCCAACUAUGCCAAGGGACACGAGCAGGUCAAGGUCUUCUUCGAGGACAAAAUGGAGUUGGAAGGCCCCUCCGCGCCAGCACCAGAGGGCGGUGUGCUUGAGCACGAGAACCAUGGCGGCGAGGACUUGAGCGAGGAACGAACACCACAGCAGCAGCCAUUGGAUCUACCCUCUGGCUUGACUCUUGCCGGACCCUCCACUGCCACCACCUCGCACAAACCCAUAAGAAAGAAGCUCAAAAAGGGCACACCCCAUCUGCCCAUCCCACAUCAUCCGGAACACAGUGAGACUCCGGGCACACCCCAGCAGCACGAACUCACUGCCGAUGCAGUUCAGCACAGUUCAGGCGACCGAGUGGUUGCCCCAACGCCAAGUGUGGCGCAACAGAAGCGGCAGCGAAAGAGAGAGCUGUAUGAGCGACUGUACAACCGCUCAAAGCGCGAGAAUGUCUACGACCGGAAGUACAGUCACGGCGGCAAUGCCGUCAACUUUACAGAGACGGACGAGUCCAACUCGGUAUCCAGUUUCGAGAAUGGUCUAUUCCUGUGCUUCAACGGUGCCAUACUCCUCAGUGACUUCUUCAAGCCGAACGCGAACUGCACGGAUCCGCACUUCAUGGAGCGGGCGCCCAACAACAGCGCUCAGGCCCUGCAGAAUGUUAUCGAGGAUGGUUACUACUAUUAUAUAUUCUAUAGCGACAACGAUGAGGUGCGAAACGAUAUACACGUCAUAUUCGAUAUAUACAAGCCGACGUUCCAGUACUCGAACCUGAGCGAGUCGCAGAGCUGCCUGAACACCACGGAGUGCAGCUUCAACAUCAGUUUCCUGUCGGAUGAGAUUGUGGUCGUGGAGGUUCCCACACGGGAUGGCAUCGAACAUGAGGAGGAUGACAUAUCCUAUCUGGUGUCUACGUGCCAUCCGCGUAGCGAAAUCUAUGCGCUGUUUCCCAUCACAGUGAUGAUUCUCAUACUGUGCUGCUCAUUCCUGUAGGCGACUCCGACUUGUGACUCCCACUUGUGAUAUUUAUAUAUUGAGGUAACUGAGUGAUAUACGAAGAAGAUGUGAGUAUGUAUGAUAUGUAUUUGCCGGCCCGAAACUAGAGCUUUUCACAUAGCCAUAAAAUUCAACAAAAUCGAUUUACGGAAUGAAACAGUCUGAACAAACAUAAAUAUGUAGAAAACAAAUCACUGAAUACGAUGGAUCUAUCAACGUUUUUUAAGAGAACAUUUAGUCAAAGACACAAGCAUUUAGGAGUAUAAAAAUCUAUAGAUGAUAUAUAAGAAUAGUUCAUAAGCUAGCAAUCGGAAUUAAGGAAUUACCUAAGUACUUAUAAUCAGUUUUAAUUUCAACAAGAUAUAUUUGAUUGUUUUCUGUAA